AUGUUGUUUCUCAACACCAAAUUUCUGGCCCUUGCGGCCCUGGCUACCACAGCCCUCUCGGCCCCUACCACACCAUUAUCUGCGCGCGCCGACUAUUCUCCCGUAACAGACGACGAUUACUGCGGCGAGGCUGCGGUCCUCCAUUACGCCUACGGCAACUCGGCCCCACUCGCCUCCGACUGCACGGCCCUUUACCAAAAGAACCCCGGUCCGGGCCGAUGGGCGAUCUCGUCCGCCGAAACACAAUCCCGGAAGGCGUCGGCCGACGGAUGGACACGCUUGGCGAGCAGCGGGACCUGCGCCUUUGAGGUGCGGCUCGCGCAGCCCGACGUGGUGGACUAUCAGUUUGGAACGAAUGAUCUACGGUUCUACAUUCGCGGGUAUGCGGGUGCCGGGCAGGCGCAAGAUGGGCGGGUGGCUGCCUCAAGCACGGUUUUGUGUGGUCGGGAUCAGGGAGGGCAGGCUGCGGUGGAGUGGAGGGUAGCACAUGCUUAA